AUGGGACAACAUACAGUAAAGAACGUAACCUUAACAGCUACAGACACGCUGUUCUCUUCGCCCGGUUACGUUGAUUCUCUCAAUUAUGGCAUCAACACGACGCGAGAUUAUCGCUUUCAAACAUACUAUCCGAACCACACACUGGUCCUGGCAGUUGUAGAAUUUAUCAUUGAAAGCGCUGAUAAAAACAGUGACUGCUUGUACGAUAAAGUAACCAUUUAUGAUGGUUACGAUGACUCAUCACCUGUCCUGAACACAUUGUGUGGUACAAUAACAGCUGGCACAACGUACGAGACAACGGGCGACACAGUUUACGUGGAUUUUUAUUCUGAUGGUACAAACACGUUUAAAGGAUUUCAAAUGUCGGUUAAGUCCGACGGUGUUACGACUACUACAUCGACAACCAGUACAACAACAACCUCAACGACGUCCACCACAUCAACUACAUCUACUACAAGUACAACUUCCUCCACUACCAGUGCAUCAACAGCAGUACCACCAGCAACAAACAGCCUGACAACAACGGGAAAUACGCAACAAACCCAACACCCAGGCAACAAUGGCGGUGAUUCAGGAAAGAAUUACACCAUCUGGGUGAUUGUCGGCUGUUGUGUGGGUGGAAUAAUUCUUCUUGUAAUCAUAGCAAUCGUCGUGUAUUGUUUGAUGAAAAAUAAAAGGCCGGUAUCGGCGCCGCCUGGGUCAGGUGACAACGUGAAACGCGUGCUCUGGAGCAGGUCAAACACGACAAUGGUUAAACCAAUUGACGUAACAAAGACCAGUGUACCUCCAGGUGAAGUUGUCCAGACAAAUAUCUUUGAUAUGGAACUACCGGCUGGGGAAGGCAAAGCAAACCUUCUACCCCCUAUCAGUUCUAAUCUAAAUCCUCCGCCGAAACCUAUGCUUUACGGCAAUACGCUUGCGUAAUUGAGAAUUUUUUUUUUGUCGGUGAUUAACACAACAAUCCAAAUUCACAAGUGUGAACUAAUUUAUGGAAGAAAAUCCCAAAAUUUUAUAAGUGUUAGUCAAUGAAGGAUGAAACCAGUUUAUGUGGUCGAGAAUGAUAUGCUUGCAAAUUAGAAAAUAAGUUUUAGAGAAUUUUAUUUGUUACAUACGUGUUUGUUUAAUAUUUCAUAAGAUAGAAGUUCCGUUUCCAUUGAAAAAUAAUUAUGUUCAGAAUGAAAUUACAUCAAGUAAAUUUCCGUUUCAAUUAUUUGCUUUCCGAAUUGUUCCAUGUUUCAGUCAAGGAACCUGGUUUGUUUACUCUUUGGCAACUAAAAGGAAGAACCAGUUUCUAGAGGCGGGGUAUUUGAAAAAAAAAAAAAAACAUUAUUUUCGUGAUGUAAACGUAUGACACAAUACUGAUAUUCCAGUAAAUGGAAUCUGGUUUGGUAGUUCACUUCCUUUCCUUUUAUUCUUGGAAAUGUACAGAUAUUUGAUAAGAUUUUAUAUAAACUGUUUUGAUCAGUAUUAUUUUUCUCGCAUAAGUUUUAUCUUGAUGUAUAACCACGUUUACAGCACACUCAUGACGUUAUGUUCGACUGAGAGGCCACCUAUUGAAGUUGUUGGUGAAACAGUCAUAUCCUCUCAGCGUGAAUUUCAAGAAUUUUGUAAUAUUGCAGUCUGUGAUAUAUAUUUAUAAAUGCCAUAUAAUUAUUAAUUUGAUACGAUGGUUCAUAUGUCGUCAUGUACAUUUAUAUUAGGUAGUUUAUCAAGCACGCUUCUACAUUUUGUGCAAUAUCACCAUAUAUUUGAUCAACUGGCUUACAAUUCGUUCUCUGUUAAUAACAUGUUCCUCCCAGCUUGCCCUAACACAGAACUAUUAUAAUGGUACAUAAAGGGAUAUGAGUGCAGUAGUUCGGUUGUGACGUAACGAAAUAUAUGAUGCAGCACAAUAUCGCUUUAAGGUAGUUCUGCACGUUCCAAACAAAAUUGUUCUACAAUGUAGAAUUUGAUAAAACUCUAAUUUUUCACAAAUUCGGAAUAAAGUUAGAAAAAUUUAAAUAAAAAAGAAGAAAAUACGAUCGUGAGCUCGACUUUUUGCCGGACUGAUUUAAAAAAUUCGAAUCUCACACAAGUUAUAUUAGAAAAAUCACAAUUUUGAUAACAUUUCGCAAAAAAAGAAAAUUCAUUGAAAUGUAGAUUUUAAUGAAACUUCUCACAUUUCUAAAAAAAAAUAUAUGGUCUAUAUUAUGAUGAAAUAAAACUUAUAGGGGCAUACGUUUGAUUUUGAGAUAUUUGCCUAUGAUUUAAAAGAUUGGCACAUUUCAUGCUGAUUUUAAAACCUUAUUUGGAACUAUUGACAUUUUUAAACAUCGUAUGUUAACUUUAGAAUGAUAGUAACGUUGCCGUUGUAAUUAAUUUACACACGGACUCGCAUUUGUUCAUAAAAUGAUUUGCAUUACUUACGCCGGAUGCAGGUUUUAUUCUACGUCAUUCCGGUUUACAAAACGUGCAGAACUACCUUAAUCAUUUUCGUGUGUUCACCGUUGGUUUUUAAUAUAUAUUUCUUUUAUCAAGCAAUAUGUUUAUUCAGAAAAGUUACUCAAGUUAGGUAAUAUAUUUAUAUAGAUGAAAACUUGUAAAAGUUCUUUUUCAUGUUGAUCUUGCAAUUUACAUAAAUCAGUUCUCUUAACUACAUGAUACCAUAAUCUAAGUCAUUUGUAAUUAAUGAUUAACUUUCUGCAAUGUCAGUUUUGGCAGUAGUAACAGUAUAUAAGUGACGUCAUCACUGGGAGUGUUACAAUGACAAAGAUAAUCAAUUUUCCUUGUGCUUGUUCAGACACAGUAGGAAACAUUUAAGAACCUCUUGUUCUUGCCAGAGAUCCUACUUAACUAGGGUUUGGAAAUAAAUGGUUCAUUUUUAAAUUUUCUACAUUCAUAAAAAAAUGUCCAUAUAUACCACAAAUUUCAAAAGAAGACGUGUUACAAAAGAAUGUACUUUUUUUAAAAUAUCACUCCACUGGAUGUUUUGUUCAAUUUUGAUUUGUUUUUGUUUGCUCAGUGUAAAUAUACAAUUAAUAAAAUUUAAUUUUUUAUUGA